UGAAAAGAAGAAAAAAACUUCUCUGCAGGCUUCACUAAAGGCUCGCGCCGCCUGUGCCUCGCUAAUUUGGCGUAGGCCCCAGUCUACCUGAGACGUCGUAUCCUUCAACAGGCCCCACUGCCAGACUGCUAAGCAGCACAGUGCCGGGCAGCCAUGUCGUCGGCCAAGUCGUGCGCCAACUGCGGCUGCAGCGAGAUUGACAUCGAUCCGAGCCGUGGCGAUGCCGUCUGCACAGGUUGUGGCUCGGUGCUCGAGAACAGCAUCAUCGUCUCGGACAUCCAGUUCGAGGAAAACGCACAUGGUGGCUCGCGAGCUAUCGGCCAGCUUGUCCUGGAUGGGACCAGCAACAUCCAUCUGAGCGGAUUCCGCCACGGCACGGGGAAAGAGUCCAGGGAGCUGACGCUCAUGAAAGCGAAAAGGAAGAUCAUACAGGUUUCAGAGCGCCUGCGUCUCAACCAGCACUGCAUUGACAUGGCCUUCAACUUCUACAAGAUGGCGCUGCAGAAGCACCUGACGCGGGGCCGGCGAAGCUCCCACGUGAUUGCGGCGUGUGUCUACAUGGUCUGCCGCAUCGAGAACUCGUCCCACAUGCUCCUCGACCUGAGUGACGUCGUCCAAGUCAACGUCUACGAACUGGGCAAGACAUUCCUCAAGCUGACGUCAGCCCUCUGCAUCAACAUUCCAGCAAUAGACCCGUGCUUGUACAUCACACGCUUCGCCCACCACUUGGAGUUCGGAGACAAGACGCACGAGGUGUCGAUGACGGCACUGCGCAUGGUGCAGCGCAUGAAGCGCGACUGGAUGCACACGGGACGUCGGCCGUCGGGACUGUGCGGCGCCGCACUCCUUGUCGCCUCCCGGCUGCACGACUUCAACCGCAGCAUACGCGACCUUGUCCGCAUCGUCAAGGUGUGCGAGACCACCAUUCGCAAGAGGUUGACUGAGUUUGGGGAGACGCCAUCGAGCAAACUGACGCUCGAUGAGUUCAUGUCGAUAGACCUGGAAGAAGAGCAAGACCCUCCCUGUUUCAAGGCAACACGGAAGAAGCAGAAGCAGAGCGCGGAAGAGCAGGGCCGUAUCGAAAAGGUGUCCGAGGAGAUCUCGAAACUGCAGAAAAAGAUCGAGGCUGAGCUGGAGGAACGGCGGCGAAAGGUUCGCGGUCGCUUUGCCUCAUCCACCAGAGAUGAGCAUCUGAGUGAAGACGAGGAAAAUAGAAUAUCGAGCGAGUUCAUCAUGGGCAACACCAUGGAGACCAUCAAUGCGUGCCUGGACGACUCUCGGCAGAGCAACGAGGGUUCCGCCGCGUCGGGAUCGGCUGCGGAGGAUUCGUUGACCGAUCGGUUGGCGCCGCGGGAAGAUGAGGACAGGUCUGAAGACGGUGAAGUCGAGUGCAUCGACGUAGACAAGCCCAAGCAGUCGAGCGGCAUCGUUAGCUCUUUACGACCGACGGCCGCCACGUUGGGGCUGAAGGAAAGCAUCGAGGAGUGCAUGAGGGUCAGAGACGCUGUCGAAACAACAGCGGAGUCAGGUGUCCUGGACUUGGAAGGACUUGAUGAUGAGGAGCUUGACGGGUACAUCAUGACAGAUGCCGAGGUUCGACUGAAGACCAAGUUCUGGAUGCAAACCCACGCAGAGUACCUCAAGGAGAUGGAGGAAAAAGAAGCAAGAAAAGCAUUAGAAGCAGAGGAGAACGCCAACAAGCCGGAGGCCAAGAAGCGCAAGCGCAGGAAGAGGGCGCCGAUACAUGCCAACACCGCCGGCGAGGCUAUUGAGAAGAUGCUCCAGGAAAAGCGCAUCUCCAACAAGAUCAACUACGAUGUCCUCAAGAGCCUCAACAGUGAACUGGGCUUCCCCUCCAGCGAGCCGCAGCAGGAGAGCUCCGAGCAGCAGCAGCAGCCUUCUGCCAGCGAGGCUGACAAAAGCGAAACGCAGUCGGUCGUUUCCGAACCGCCGAAGAAGAAGAGCCGCAGAGAGCCGCCACCCAUCCCGGCUAGCGCAUUCAGCUCUUUGAUGUCGACGGUCAAGUCGAUUGCCCUUAGUCAACAGAAGGCCAAGUCUGAUGUGAUCUCUGAUGACGAGGACGACAUCGGCAGUCCAGCUGCUAAGCCUGCUGCUGCUGAUGACAGGGCUGCCAUGAAAGAACUGGAAGAGGAGAUUGAGUACCAAGAAGAAGACGAGGAGGAAGAAGAGGAAGAGGAUGCUGACGACGAGUUCCACCUGGGCGCGGGCCAACUUUUGAACAAGCUUCGAGGAGAAGAGCAAGACGAGUUUGCGUAUCACGAGGAGUACGACGACUACGGAGACUGACGGCAACCGCAGCUGCAUUUUAGGAUUUUCAAAUUCUCAUUGCUUUCGCGGGCCCGCUCUUCAAAUUCUUGUUGGUUGGACAUCCGCAACUUCGCAAGCGUGUAUGUGAAACCGUGGCUACUUUGGUUAACGUACAGUGUGCUGCGAACAGCAUUGUUUUCCCUAACCUGGACUCUCGGCACGAUCCAUUCCGAGAACUCGCCCAGUGUCAAACCUGAAGCGGCGGUGACGCGGAGAGGCAAAGCAAAUGUUUUGUUGCAGGCACAACAGUAUAAAACCAUGCCAAAUUGUGGAGACCUUUUUCCUUGUAAAAAGUUAAAAGUGUGUGUUUGUGGUUGUUUUGCUUAUGAAUGCUCUAAAGCAAUUUCUGAUGUGAGAAUGGUGAACAUGCUUUCCUUGUAGCAUGCAUUGUUGCCAUAACGUUGAAGCAACGUUUGCGACAUUAGUAUUCACAACGUUGCGGCAGUGUUACAUCAACAAUUGGUGCUGCUAGGGUUGUUACACACUAUAUGCACAUAGUGCAAGCGUAUGUAAUCGUGUUUAGUGUGUUGGGAACCAACUUUUUUUUAUUGCCAUUAUUUUACAGUUUAGAUAUUAAGGGCAAGUGUGACAUUUACGGAAUACUGACAAAAAUGUGUAUGUGUGCCUUUGAGGUAUGUGCUUUAUUAGGUUCAUUAAAACAUAUGCAAGUCAUUUUAAAUAGUGCUUAGCAUUCUACAUGACUAAGCAAUUUUGUCAAGUACUUCUACUGUACCAAAAUGUAAUGCCGUUUAAGCCAGCUGCAGUAUAUUGGUGAAGCGAACUAUAUUAUUAAGUAGAUUUCACAUAAAACACAAAAGCAUGUCCAGACAUUGCUUUUGUUUUGGUUUUGUAAUCGUGUCUGCCAGCACCAAAACUUUUGUUAAACAUGUGCGGUAAGGUUUCUUUAACCUGAGCUGGGAUGUGUCAAAAAUUGUGUUGUUUUGUUUUUCAGCGCUGACAUGGCAUGCUUUUCGUCCAUGAUGACAUGGUUAUAGCAGAUCGCAAAAUCAAGGUUCUAUUGCUAUGCAACAUAAACCAAAAAUACGUUGUAAACACGUUAUGUGCGUAAAAUCUUCCGCACCACUUUCUCUCUAUCUGAGAGUAGACUCCAGUAACAUUUUUUAAAUCUUUUGUCUUUAGUGGUUGAGAUUUGUUGCAGAUGGGAAUGUAAUUAUGGUAAUCUUUACGUUUUUUUUCCUAGUGGGAAACGUUUCUUAAAACUAACGGUUUGAAAGAUGAGUUUUGAGAGCACAAACAAAGCUCAUUUCUGUUCCAGAUGCAAUCCCAGAUUUCUGCGAGACCAAACAUUUCGUUUAAGUCAUCUUUAAGUUAGAAUUGGAUUAGCUGAUUUAUCCGUAGCUUUUUGGAACUGUUAAUGAAAUGCAUUGGAUUUGAGUGUACACAAUGUCCGUGAUGACAGCAGCACUUGUGUCAGUUUCGCAUCUCCUGAGACUGGUUGAAUGUUUUUCUGCAACAGUUUAUAUAGUCAUUAUUUAUUAUUAGUUAUCUCUAGUUCGUUAUUUUCACGAGAUUCGGCUAACACCUGUAACAUGCCGGGGAGUCUUUAUUCAUUGCAAGUAUUUCUCCCAAUCAGGCCUUCACAGAGCAACUGUAGCGCAUAAACACUGUGAUAUUUAAAUCUAGCAUGAUGGAUCGUGCAUGGUUGAAUUAUAUGCGUGCUUUGUAAUGGGAGUUGCACAAAAAAAAAAUCUUUAAACAUACUCGCUCAUGAGUAUUGGUAUUACUACAGGGGUAUUACUCAGGGCUUCAGUAGCGUUUUCUAUUUGUUUGUUAAUUGCUAAACGAGUGGGUGUCACUAUGUAUUGUUAUCUAUUUAUUACUUUGUUACGCUCCUGUACAAAUGUAUAUGUCAUUAGGUACGGAUAUUUCUUUUUAUACGGCUUUCUUUGCACACGCGUAACCUGAUAUUUGGGAACAUACUGUCGUCUAUGUGUGUAUGAUGGUGUGUUUUGAGGAGCACGUAUUGAUUGUGGAUGCAUGGGGGAGCAAGUGUUUAAAGGUACCACAUUUGUUAUGUUACCCGUCCCCAUCUUGUUUUCUUUUCUUUUUAUUUUUCUCAUGUAAUAGGGAACUCUGAAAAACCAAAGUAUGCUGAAAUCAUGUACUGUACUGCUGCCUAUUCUGAAAUAAGAUAAGAAAAAUAUAAAUGGGUGCUUUGAAUUGAAAAGUUGCAAAUUUCAAUAAGUAUGGUAUAUCUAAAGUGCUCCGGCGAGGAAAAAUUGCACAAAUUCGCUACAUUAUAUUUCUAUUGUCUCCACUGUUCCCUUAAAAGAAGGCAGUGUUGCUGUGUUCACUAACGCAUAAUGUUGCUCCUGAGUAUGGAGAACCUUGCUUUUAAGCUUUUUCUGCCAGUAGCACUUGAAACUGUUGGUCUUCAGACACUUGGCACCAUAUUUCAAAGUUGCAGCAGCACCUGAAGGUCAAAACAAAUGGGAUUAAGGUUUUCUUUAUAAUUUUUUGCUACAUACUUUAAAUUAAUGUAGAUAGGAAAGUUAAUGCAUGCAUCAGUCGUGAUAUUGCGAUUAAUUUUGCACAAGUUCAGUAAACAGACAGCUUGUUUUGAGUUAGACAGAUGAAUGCUGCACAGAAAAAAAGAAGUCUCUUGCACUACUAUAUACGUAUAUAUGUACGUGCACAAUGCAAAUACUACCAGUUUGGAUGAGGAGGACAAGCAUUCCUUGUAGACAAUGCAGUGGAGUUGAAAAUAUUUCUCCUGACAAUGCAUCAUUAGUAGCAGUAGACAUCAGCGUGCAGGAUUGUGAUAAUCAGUGAAUCAUUAACUAACAAUCACUAUUUCAACUUUUAAUUGAUUGUAUCUAAGCUCGAGCGUAAAUCGAAGAAUAGGAGGUACUAUUUGGUGUUCACGACACGUUCACUUGUGACCCCAAGAUGAAAACUAGUAGUUUCAGUUCUGUAUCUUCAAGAAAACGUUGUGGAUUAUGUACAUUUAUGUAGGCUUCGCCCUUCAGAAACAGAAGGAGUUAAAGAGUUUGCGUGGAACGUUGACGCAUUUCUCCAUAUAUUGCAGAAGGAAUGUCUCGAUUCUGGAGUGAUUCGGAACUCUUAUUAAGUAUAGACUUGUCUCAAAAACUUAAUAGCUUCGAUUAGUAAUCAUUAGACUUAAAUGUUUACACCAAAGUGAGCGAGUAGAAGGAUUGAGGCUGGUACUAAUUUAUUGUUAUCCGCGCUUGUUGGCAUAGCAACAUGAUACUGCAAACAGCGUUACCACAACAUACGCCUGAGUAAACUUACAACACAGUUGUCCACAUUAUCUGGUUUCUCCGUUUCUCUAGUCUUCCUUGUUUUCACGUUUGUGCCAGUUGCCGUACUGUAUGAAUGAAGGAUGUCGGGAUUGGCAGUUAUCACAUACCUGCUGACGUCUGUGACUGCUAUAUUAUUCGUGCAUUAUCUUGUAAAGAUGGGCUAUAUUAUUUCACUCCACUGUUAAUGCUAAAAGGAAUUGGCUGCUGCUCUGCCUUGAAGCAGCUGAUGUAUGGUACUACUAUUGUAUAUGCACGUACAGAAUGUUAAUAUGUACAGCUGAGUGCGCUUUCACUUACUAACUCAUAUUUAUAGGUAAAACGGGAUGUUGAUUGAGUGAUGCAUGUAUGAUUACGAGUAUUUAAAGUGAGUUAUGAUUGUCGUCGUGUGAAGAGCGUAUAGAUUUUGUUCUCGAAGCUGUCGGCAGCGUGAAUCUAUUUUACAGCAUUCAGACAUGAUUGGAAGCUUGCCACGCAUGUGUCUGUUUAUACAUGUGUGUGUACUUAUGUGUGUGUGAGGGUAACAUGGGCCUCUGGGUGAAUGUUGCGGAAAAGAUGAAAAUAAUUUUUGUGUGUGUUUCUACAAGCACAAUAAACAGCUUUUUCAA